AUGCUUGCUAAUGACACAUGUAACAGGACAGAUGGAGAAAACCCAGAUUUUCGGUACUUCAUCUAUGCAGUGACAUACACUGUCAUUCUUGUGCCUGGUCUCAUAGGGAACAUAUUAGCUUUAUGGGUAUUUUAUGGUUAUAUGAAAGAAACCAAACGUGCUUUGAUAUUUAUGAUAAACUUAGCCAUUGCUGACUUAUUACAAGUUAUCUCCUUGCCCCUGAGGAUCUUUUACUAUUUGAAUCAUGACUGGCCAUUUGGGACUGGCCUCUGUAUGUUCUGUUUCUACCUAAAAUAUGUCAACAUGUAUGCAAGCAUUUACUUCUUGGUCUGCAUUAGCGUACGGCGAUUUUGGUUUCUCAUGUACCCCUUUCGCUUCAAUGACUGCAAACAGAAAUAUGAUUUGUACAUCAGUAUCACUGGCUGGCUGAUCAUCUGCCUUGCCUGUCUACUCUUCCCCCUUUUCAGAACCAGUGAUAACACACCAGGCAAUAAAACCAAAUGCUUUGUGGAUCUUCCUACCAGGAAUGUCAAUUUGACCCAGUCUGUUGCCAUGAUAACUGUUGGCGAGUUGAUUGGAUUUGUUACUCCUCUUCUGAUUGUCCUAUAUUGUACCUGGAAGACAGUUUUAUCACUGCAAGAUAAACAUCCUGUUGCUCAAGACCUUGGAGAGAAAAAGAAAGCCUUGAAGAUGAUUCUAACUUGUGCAGGAGUAUUCCUAAUUUGCUUUGCACCUUAUCACUUCAGUUUUCCUUUAGAUUUCCUGGUCAAGUCCAAUGAAAUUAAAAGCUGUAUAGCCAGGAGAGUGAUUCUAAUAUUUCAUUCUGUAGCACUGUGUCUUGCUAGUCUGAAUUCCUGCCUUGACCCAAUCAUAUACUAUUUUACCACUAGUGAGUUCAGAAGACGUCUUUCGAGACAAGAUUUGAAUGAUAGCAUCCAACUACAUACAAAAUCAUUUUUAAGCAAUAAUACCACUUCUACUAUGGCAACUGAAUUAUGCUAAGGAGCAACAACAACAAACCCUAAAUGAGGGUAAAAGUAUGUCAGGACACAUUUACAACACCUCAACC